GAUGCAGAUGGUGUCCCGCCUGGAGCCGGGGCGGGGGGCCCCUGCCAGCGCCUGAGGCCCCCACGAUGGGGAGCGGGUGGGAGACUAAGCGACCCGCCCACGCUCCGGGGAGCGGGCGGACGCGCUGCCCCCGGGCUUCAGGGCGGAGGGGACUGUGGCUGAGAUAGAGCCCGAGCUGUGGCUGGGCAGGUUGGGGCAGCUCGUUGCCUCGGUGUCUCUGUGGCGCCCCGAGGUAGUUUCCCAGCCCUGAGGGUAAGCUUGAAAGCUUUGCUUCGCUCACCAGCAGACGUGGAUCCAAUCAAAGCUAUUACCUCAGCCUGUCUGUCUGUCUCUCUGGGGUAGCGCAGGUCUUCGGUGUGUGAAAGCUUCUCGCCUGUUUUUUGGGGGAUGGGCAAAAGGGUAAGUCUAGGAAUUUGGGAGAUGGGAUGGUUUCCACUUGCUACUGAGGAUAAACUUGACCUAACCGUGUCUAGUUCCCACGGUCAGUCGCAGCUUGGAAGCACCUGGCUUUUAAAGGAUGAAAUUCACCUGCGGCUCCAUGAAAGACACAAACCCAGCUGCAUACAAGGGUGUAACGUCACUUUGAGCAACCCUCCCGUUUUCCAACUAGCUGCAGUUUCUGCCACAUAAGGAAACCAUCUGUGCUCCUGCCGCCUGGUCCAUGAGGCUGCAGAUCGGGCGCAAAAGUUACUGGGUAUGCUCAAUUCAUGUGCGCAUGCUCAGUGCAGCUAAAGUCUGGAAUCUGGAGCACUAUCUGUUUCUGUCCUUACAAGGGCACUACCAAAUGCCUACUGGGAACAGGUUUUGCCUGUCCCUCAUCUUUCAGCUGCAGUAAAUCUAUUACAUAAUUGUAAGAGCAACACAUCUUUCAGCCCUCAAGUCUUUUGGUGUACUUGAAUAGACUUUUGACCUCCAAGGAAUAUUGCUUACCCCACCCACCUCUUUCUAUAGAGAGGCAUAGUUCAGUUUGGAACAGCUGACUGUGGCAGCACUGUAUCAGAGGGUAGCCGUGUUAGUCUGGAUCUGUAAAAGCAGCAAAGAAUCCUGUGGCACCUUAUAGACUAACAGCACUGAUUUCAUUUACUGAGGUGUUGGAUGGCUGCUUCAUGUGUCUUCAGAGGGUAUUUGCAGUUAGAAAUGAAACUACUGUAAAUCAAAGAAGACAUGAAGGUGCAGAAAAUACUCAUCUUUCUGUUUCAUUUGAAUGCUGUAGUUUCAGGUCCUGAAGAGGUAACCGGGCGAUUAUCCGAAGAUUUUGUCCUUCCUUGCUCUUUUGCACCUGCAAAAGGUGAAGUAAUUUACUGGAAGAAAGGGAACAAAAAUGUGCACAGCUACUACUACGAUAAGGAUCAGCUAGAACGUCAAGACUCUGAGUACAAGGGGAGAACAUUCCUUUUUCAUGAGCAAAUUCCCACUGGAAAUGCAUCCUUGAAACUGAGUAACCUGAGCCUGAGUGAUGCGGGCUCCUACACCUGCUAUGUGGGGACAAAUCAAGAUAAAACAGAAGUGGAAGUCAGGCUUCACGUAACAGUUUCCCGCUCUUAUGCAAUGGAAUAUGAAAAACGAGACACUGAGAGACUGUUGAAAUGUCUUGCCUUUCAUAUUUAUCCUGAGCCAAACAUAUCAUGGGCAUAUAACAGUACAUCUAUGCAAAAUACAAAAAUAGAAGUAACCCAGGAUGGCCAUCUCUAUUCAGUUAGAAGUGAGCAGAACAUUACAAACAAAGUUUCUUCUUACCAGUGUCACGUUCAGUUUCACAACGAAAAUUGGACUGCUGAAUGGAAAAUGGAAGAUCCAUUUUUUAAAAAGGAAGGAGAUACCGUUUCAAUUCCAUGUGAAUUUAUGGCUGAAGGGUCUCCAUAUACUACAGACUUUAUAGUUACUUGGACAAUAAUCAGACACGCAUCUACCUUGGUUCUGGCAUCCUCCGACAACCCAUCACAAACCCCUGAACAGUUUAAAACUCGAUUCUCUUGGGAGAAAAUCAAUGAACAGGACUAUUCAAUAAUCUUAAGGGAUCUUACUCUGGCAGACAGUGGAGAAUACAUGUGCAAUAUUUCAACACCACACUAUACACAACUCACUGUAAGAAUUUUGCACGUUGGGGAAAAAUCCUCACAUUACCACUGGAUAGCUAUAGUGCUGCUGAUCCCCAUCAUUGCCUUGGUGGUAUGGUGUGUUGUGAAGAGACGGCGGCGGACUGAGACAUAUUAGAAAAAUAAAGAGAGCACAGAUAAAAUGGCUGCAUAUGGACAGUUUACAAUGUAAUGAAGAAGGAAAAGAUUUCAUAAUAUAUGAUCAGAAACUUGAGCAAUAUUUUAAUGCAAAUGCUAUGGAAGAUAUAGAUGACUGUUUCCUAACAUUGGUGUGUAAAACCACUUUUGCAGUAUGUAAAAGUUUUCUGCAAGAACCUGACAAGCUGGAAUAUGAGAAUAUAAAAGAAAUUCUAAAGAAGCAUUUUUGUGCCUACCACCAAUUUUUUUAACAGAACCAUAUAAGUUUCAUCUAAGAAACCAGCUAGAAGGAGAAAGCAUCUCCAAUUUUUUGGCAACCCUGAAAAAACUGUCCACUAUUCUGUUUUGGUAAUUUUCUGAAGGAGCUCUCAGAUCAAUUGGAAUUAAGAAAGAGGUUGUUGGAUGUUGUGUAUCACAAAGAACUGCCACUAGAUGAAGACUGCUCUAUUUGAAUCCACACAAAAAGUGCACCAAAAUUUGAAAAUAAAUUGGCCUAAUCAUGUUGGGCUGGCCUCAGCAGUGGAUGAAAGAAACACCACCACCUCUCAUAGGAUCCAAACAGAACAAAGGGAGCCCUGUUUCUGCUGUCUGGGGACACAACACCGGCAGGAGCACUGCACCAGGGUACAGCGAAGGAUUGUCAAAAGGAAGCCAAAAUGUCUACACGUAGGUGCCACCAUCCUAGUUAGGUGGUGACUGUCAGGGUUGGAAGCAGGUCCCCUGGGGGAAAGGAUGCAUGAGCUAUACCAUUUCACAGAACUGUAUGUAGUGGGAAAUGGGACAGACAUAUCAUCCCUUGUAUUAUGAUAAUGUAAGGGUAAAUGACAUGAUAUUGGCAAUAGAAGCAGAUACAGGAGUGACCAUAUCUGUGAUCUCUGGGGGCAGGGAGGAGGGUGUUAAAAAUUUUUUUUCCUGGGUUAAGAUCAAGAGAAAUAAUGUACUUGGACAGCAUUACAAUUAGGGGCAGAUAGCUGUGUUAUGCAGCCUCCCCAUUACUGUAAUUUAUAUAGAUAUCUAUUCACCAUUAGAGUUAAUUGUGAGUGAAGGAAAUCUCCCUUCUCCACUGAUGGGCACAAAUUCGCUAUACAAGUUUAAACUGGAUUGGAGAGCGGUGCACGACAUGCUGGACAGUGAUGGAACUGAAAAAUACAAAGCUGUCGGUGGAUUGGACAGAUGUGGGUUUGGAAAAAGGCAAUAACUGUGAGGCUAGUUGUGUCUGACAAGGCCUAAAUUCCUGAAGGCUAGACCUGUGCCUUAUGCUCCACAAGAGCCCGUGGAAAAGAAAAGUGAAAAACCCACGACAUAAAGCUCCUAGAUUUUUCUGCCUCAGGCAGUGAUGGUACAAAAUUACAGGAGAGGGAUGAAGUUGGGGGGAAAAGUGUGGUAACGAAGAUAUUGGACCUAAUGACACAUUUGAUAGUGAUAAUGAAGAGGUACAUUGAUUAACUGUUACCAGAUAAAAACUCAGUGUGAUUACAGAAGGUGGCCCCUGAAGCAAGAAGAAAUUGUUUGGGUUUUUGUUGGCUGGAGGAGGAAGAAUUGGUGCUGGAAGAUGGUGGCCAAGAAGUGAAGAGUGCCCCUGCUGGGCCUGAGGAAAAAGUUUAGGUAGCCCUUUCUUUCCCUGACAAGUACCGCUGGCCACAACCUGUAGCAAAAUGGCAAACCCAGCUGUAAGGUUAAACUUGUAAUUUGGUUUUUACGGUUGUGUUUAUUAAUUAAGGAAUUUACAGGGGAGGAGUGUGCUGUUUUGAGGAAUAUGUUGGAAUUGCAAACUAUUGCUUUAAGAGCAGGGUGAGGAUGAUUCCCUUGUCCUGCCUUACAGCCUAAUGGGGCUCUGUAGCAAAGCAUUAGAUUGGCUCGGAAUCGCUUUGAAAAGAGCUAGCUUAAAGUAAGGUAGGGAGGGUUGGGCCUCCCUGCUUUAGGGAGCAGCCUGUUUUUCUUCCUCUCCGUGUUUGGGUUUGUGUGUUAUUGUUCAGCAUUCUACAAAACAUGGUUAUGUUGCAACUUUUCAGCAACAGUAGCUAUGUGUUUUAGCUGCUUCUCUGUGCAUACGCUGUGCACCUGUGCACGUAACAGAAAGCAGGCUUGGAUUGCUGAGCAAGAAAACUGUCUGCUGCUGUUUGCUCCUACUAUAUUCAGGGAAACAGGAGGUUGGACCAUACUACUUAGAAUUCAGAAUGAUAGCACAUAAACUGCAAAUCAACACUAGUAUCAAUAACAAUCUGGCUGUGGAAGCACAGCUUGGCUGAGUACACACACUGCCAAAAUUGAAGGGUACAUGCAAAGGUGCCCAGCCGGGGCUUGACCCUCCCUGAGGAGAAGGGGAGCCACACCGGCCUUGCUACACACUGUCCGAAUCUGCCCUUCUUGUCAGGUCUAAGCGACGCUGCCCAGUUGCUUGGGACUCCGGCCUUCUGCUACAGGGCAGAGUAAACAAAAAUUCAGCUCUCAGGGGUCUCAGGCCUUUAGUCCUGGGGCUGAGGGCCUCCUUGCCCAAGGCGCGGGCUGCUCGAGCCCCUUUUAAAGGGACCCAGCUCGAGCCCCGAGUUUAAAGGGGCCCAGCCCUUGGGUCGGGCAGGACACCAAACACACAGUUAUAGAGGCUCAGGCCCUCUUGGCUCAGGGCUGAGCAACCAGUAGUUCAGGCUGCUCAGGUCCUUUGGGGCAGGACCAAGCAGUGGCACAGUUUAAAGGGGCCUAGCCCUUGGGUUGGGCGGGGCACCAGACACAGUUAUACAGGCUCAGGCCCUCUUGUUUUGACUUCAGGACACAAAUACUCAAGGAAACAGACUGUGUGAAACACACUUGCUCAGGAGACAGAAUAGGUGUCUGAGGUUUCAAGUAAAUAGAAACUUAGAACCAAGGAGAAUUCUUUGCAUUCUCUUUUAGGUACGAUGUGUACAGUUGCACUAGGAAAGAAAAACAAGGAAGCACUUUAGUUGCAUUGAACUAUGAGCAACAGAACAAAACAUAAAAAGAUGGUUGAAAAGAGUUAAGCAGCUUGUGAGUGUUUUCAUACUGACUCACUCUGGUAUGCAGAAAAUUUGAACACAGUAGAUGUAUUCAAAAACUGGCACAGUCCUAAGGAAAAAUGUUUGUCCAUGCAGCAAAACAGCAAGAGAAGGCUCAAUGUCAUGGUGCAUUGUAUAUUUGUAAACUAAGCCCCUUAUGGUAAACACUUCUUAAAAAUAGUUGUUAAUUAGUGCUAAUGAAAGGUACUAGGACUGACAGCUUUGAAGACAUCUACAAUUGUACAGUUUGGGUAUGAGAAGCAUUACCAUUAAUUUUAUGAAGACCUACUAAAUAUGCCAUACAUUUAUACCUUACCUAUUACUGGCUUAAACAAAUCCAAAGAAGUGAUGGGGGAGACAAAUUAUCUGACCUGAAAAGGAGUAAAGGCAUCUCCUCAUUCACUGAAAAUCCUUACCUGUAUACUGAAUUAAUAAUACUUUCGAUGGUUUUCCAGGGUGUACAGGUGGGGUCCUUGUCACCAUUCUGUUUUUCAUGCCUGUGACACAGAAAUGGGAAACUAUUGUCUUGAAAUUAAGAUAGCUCAAAUUUUUUAAGUAUCAGAGGGGUAGCCGUGUCAGUCUGGAUCUGUAAAAAGUGACAAAGAGUCCUGUGGCACCUUAU